AUGUAUAUAAAGAUGGCCACGUUAGCAAACGGACAAGCAGACAAUUCCAGCCUCAGUAGCAACCACACUAACCCCAACACCAACGGGCACAUGAACGGAUUAAAUCACAGUCCAGGGAACGCCGCCACCAUCCCCAUGAAAGACCAUGAUGCCAUCAAGCUCUUCAUUGGACAGAUCCCUCGCAACCUGGACGAGAAGGACCUCAAGCCCCUCUUUGAAGAGUUCGGAAAGAUCUACGAACUGACGGUGCUGAAGGACCGCUUCACGGGCAUGCACAAAGGCUGUGCCUUCCUAACAUACUGUGAGAGGGAAUCUGCACUUAAAGCCCAGAGUGCGCUGCAUGAACAGAAGACGCUGCCAGGGAUGAACAGACCGAUCCAGGUGAAACCAGCGGACAGCGAGAGCCGAGGAGAAGACAGAAAACUGUUUGUGGGCAUGCUCAACAAACAGCAGUCGGAAGAUGACGUGCGCAGGCUAUUUGAAGCAUUUGGCAACAUUGAGGAGUGCACAAUUCUCCGGGGACCAGAUGGCAACAGCAAAGGGUGCGCGUUUGUCAAGUAUUCGUCCCAUGCGGAAGCCCAGGCAGCCAUCAACGCUUUGCACGGAAGCCAGACCAUGCCAGGGGCCUCGUCAAGCCUGGUGGUCAAGUUCGCCGACACAGAUAAGGAGCGUACAAUGCGGCGCAUGCAGCAAAUGGCCGGGCAGAUGGGCAUGUUCAACCCCAUGGCGAUCCAGUUUGGAGCAUACGGCGCCUACGCACAGGCACUGAUGCAGCAACAGGCGGCCAUCAUGGCAUCCGUGGCUCAAGGUGGCUACCUAAACCCCAUGGCGGCCUUCGCCGCAGCUCAGAUGCAGCAGAUGGCGGCGCUCAACAUGAACGGUCUGGCCGCCACCCCCAUGACACCCACCUCAGGUGGCAGCACGCCUCCGGGCAUCACCGCACCAGCCGUGCCUAGCAUCCCGUCCCCCAUUGGAGUGAACGGCUUCACUGGCCUCCCGCCCCAGGCCAACGGGCAGCCUGCCGCCGAAGCUGUCUUUGCCAACGGCAUCCACCCUUACCCAGCACAGAGCCCCACUGCAGCUGACCCCUUGCAACAAGCCUACGCUGGAGUACAGCAGUAUGCAGGUCCUGCUUACCCUGCUGCAUAUGGCCAGAUAAGCCAAGCCUUCCCACAGCCGCCUCCCAUGAUCCCACAGCAACAGAGAGAAGGACCAGAGGGCUGCAACCUGUUUAUCUACCAUCUGCCCCAGGAGUUUGGGGACGCUGAGCUGAUGCAGAUGUUCCUGCCAUUCGGUAAUGUCAUCUCCUCGAAAGUGUUUGUGGAUCGGGCGACAAACCAAAGUAAAUGCUUUGGCUUUGUGAGCUUUGACAAUCCCGCUAGUGCACAAGCGGCCAUCCAGGCUAUGAAUGGUUUCCAGAUUGGCAUGAAGAGGCUGAAGGUGCAACUGAAAAGGCCAAAGGAUGCUAACCGCCCCUAUUGAAGAACUGUGGGAAACACUGGAUAAGCAAGGUCUAGCACAGAGCCAGUCAAAUCCACCACAGUCUCGCGCUGAGCUAGGAAAAAGGUUCACGUAAUAACAGGAAAGUGGAGAAUACAGUCCCCCAGUCCGUAAGUUAAAAAUC